AUGCCUGAGCCAGGGAAGAAAGCAGGGUCAGCCUUCAGCAAGAAGCCACGGUCGACGGAGGUGACCGCAGGCAGCGAUGCAGUGUUCGAGGCUGAGACGGAGCGGUCAGGCAUGAAGGUGCGGUGGCAGCGGGAUGGCAGUGACAUCGGUACCGGUGACAAGUAUGGUUUGGCAGCAGAGGGCAAGCGGCACACCCUGACCGUGCGGGACGUGGGCCCUGACGACCAGGGUUCCUACGCGGUCAUUGCGGGCUCCUCGAAGGUCAAGUUUGACCUCAAGGUCAUGGAGGCAGAGAAGGCAGCUCCCACCCCUUCAGAGGCCCCAGAGGCGCCCAAAGAAGCCCCUGUUCCAGCCACUGAGUUGGAAGAAAAUGUCUCAAGUCCUGAAGGGUCAGUCUCAGUAACUCCGGGUGGCUCAGCCCCAGGGAGUCAGGGAGCCACUGAGGACCCUAUUGGCCUCUUUCUGAUGCGGCCACAGGAUGGCGAGGUGACUGUGGGUGGCAGCAUCGUCUUCUCGGCCCGCGUGGCUGGGGCCAGCCUCCUGAAACCACCUGUGGUCAAGUGGUUCAAGGGCAAGUGGGUGGACCUGAGCAGCAAGGUGGGCCAGCACCUGCAGCUGCACGAGAGCCAUGACCGAGCCAGCAAGGUCUACUUGUUCGAGCUGCACAUCACAGACGCGCAGGUCACUUCUGCGGGGGGCUACCGCUGUGAGGUGUCUACCAAGGACAAAUUUGACAGCUGCAACUUCAACCUCAUUGUCCACGAGGCCAUUGGUUCUGGAGAGCUAGACCUCAGAUCGGCUUUCCGCCGCACGAGCCUGGCUGGAGCAGGUCGGCGAACCAGCGACAGCCAUGAAGAUGCCGGGACCCUGGACUUCAGUUCCCUGCUGAAGAAGAGUGUGGAAAAGAGUUAUGUCCUGAUAGUCAUCCUCAGUGUGCCCCGCAAACCCCGUAUUGGAUCUGGAGUAGAACAUUUCCGUAGACUCUCGGGACUCCAUGAAAAAGGCGUCCAGACUUCUAAUGUGUCCCUGUACUUUUUCCUUAUCUGGAGCAGCAGUUUCCGGAGGGACUCCAAGCUGGAGGCCCCUGCUGAAGAGGACGUGUGGGAGAUCCUGAGACAGGCCCCACCAUCGGAGUACGAGCGCAUCGCCUUCCAGCACGGAGUCACAGACCUGCGAGGCAUGCUGAAGAGACUCAGGGGCAUGAAGCGAGACGAGAAGAAGAGCACAGCCUUUCAGAAGAAGCUGGAGCCUGCAUACCAGGUAAACAAAGGCCACAAGAUCCGGCUUACUGUGGAACUGGCCGACCCAGACGCCGAGGUCAAGUGGCUUAAGAAUGGACAGGAGAUCCAGAUGAGUGGCAGCAAGUACAUCUUCGAGUCCAUUGGGACCAAGCGCACCCUGACCAUCAGCCAGUGCUCGCUGGCUGACGAUGCGGCCUACCAGUGUGUGGUGGGAGCCGAGAAGUGCAGCACGGAGCUCUUUGUCAAAGAGCCCCCGGUGCUGAUCACGCGGGCCCUGGAAGACCAGCUGGUGACGGUGGGACAGCGUGUGGAAUUCGAGUGUGAGGUCUCAGAGGAAGGGGCCCAAGUCAAAUGGCUGAAAGACGGGGUGGAGCUGACUCGGGAGGAGACCUUCAAAUACCGGUUCAAGAAGGACGGGAGGAAGCACCACCUGAUCAUCAACGAGGCGACCCCGGGGGACGCAGGCCACUACGCAGUACGCACGAGCGGGGGCCAGGCCCUGGCUGAGCUCAUUGUGCAAGAGAAGAAGCUGGAGGUCUACCAGAGCAUCGCCGACCUGGCGGUGGGCGCCAAGGACCAGGCCGUGUUUAAGUGUGAGGUUUCCGAUGAGAACAUACGCGGGGUGUGGCUGAAGAACGGGAAGGAGCUGGUGCCUGACAGCCGCAUAAAGGUGUCCCACAUUGGGCGGGUCCACAAACUGACCAUUGAUGACGUCACACCUGACGACGAGGCUGACUACAGCUUUGUGCCUGAAGGGUUUGCUUGCAACCUGUCUGCCAAGCUUCACUUCAUGGAGGUCAAGAUUGACUUCGUGCCUAGGCAGGAGCCUCCCAAGAUCCACUUGGACUGUCCCGGCAGCAUGCCAGACACCAUUGUGGUUGUGGCUGGCAACAAGUUACGCCUGGAUGUCCCUAUUUCCGGGGACCCUGCUCCCACUGUGGUCUGGCAGAAGACUAUCACACAGGGAAAGAAGGCCCCAGCUGGGCCACCCCCAGAAGCCCCAGGAGGUGCAGAUGCCGACGAGGAGUGGGUGUUUGAUAAGAAGCUGUUGUGUGAGUCUGAGGGCAGGGUCCGCGUGGAGACCACUAAAGACCGCAGUGUCUUCACAGUUGAAGGGGCGGAGAAGGAAGACGAAGGCGUCUACACUGUCACAGUAAAGAACCCCGUGGGGGAGGACCAGGUCAACCUCACAGUCAAGGUCAUCGAUGUGCCAGACGCUCCGGCAGCCCCAACCAUCAGCAACGUGGGCGAGGACUCCUGCACCGUGCAGUGGGCACCGCCUGCCUAUGACGGUGGGCAGCCGGUCCUGGGUUACAUCCUGGAGCGCAAGAAGAAGAAGAGCUACCGGUGGAUGCGGCUCAACUUCGACCUGCUGAAGGAGCUGAGCCACGAGGCCAGGCGCAUGAUCGAGGGCGUAGCCUACGAGAUGAGGGUCUACGCGGUCAACGCUGUGGGAAUGUCCAGGCCCAGCCCUGCCUCUCAGUCCUUCAUGCCUAUUGGCCCCCCCGGUGAACCAAACCACCUGAGUGUGGAGGAUGUGUCCGACACCACCGUGUCCCUCAAGUGGCGGCCUCCAGAGCGUGUGGGGGCAGGGGGCCUGGAUGGCUACAGUGUGGAGUACUGCCAAGAAGGCUGCUCUGAGUGGAAAGCUGCUCAGCAGGGGCUGACGGAGCGCACUUCGCUGCUGGUGAAGGACCUCCCCACUGGAGCACGGCUGCUGUUCCGGGUGCGGGCACACAAUGUGGCAGGGCCUGGAGCCCCUGUCAUCACCAAGGAGCCAGUGACCGUGCGGGAGAUACUGCAACGACCACGGCUCCAACUGCCCAGACACCUGCGCCAGACCAUCCAGAAGAAAGUUGGGGAGCCUGUGAACCUCCUCAUCCCUUUCCAGGGCAAACCCCGGCCUCAAGUGACCUGGACCAAAGAGGGGCAGCCACUGGCAGGCGAGGAGGUAAGCAUCCGCAACAGCCCCACAGACACCAUCCUGUUCAUCCGAGCCGCCCGCCGCGCCCACUCUGGCACCUACCAGGUGACAGUCCGCAUUGAGAACAUGGAGGACAAGGCCACACUGGUCCUGGAGAUUGUGGACAAGCCAAGCCCUCCCCAGGAUCUCCGGGUCAUCGAGACUUGGGGUUUCAAUGUGGCUCUGGAGUGGAAGCCACCCCAAGAUGAUGGGAAUGCAGAGAUCUGGGGUUAUGCUGUGCAGAAAGCUGACAAGAAGACCAUGGAGUGGUUCACCGUUUUGGAGCAUUACCGUCGCACUCAGUGUGUGGUGUCGGAGCUCGUCAUUGGCAACGGCUACUACUUCCGGGUCUUCAGCCACAACAUGGUGGGUUCCAGCGACAGAGCCGCUGCCACCAAGGAGCCUGUCUUUAUCCCAAGACCAGGCAUCGCGUAUGAGCCGCCCAAGUACAAGGCCCUGGACUUCUCUGAGGCUCCAAGCUUCACCCAGCCCUUGGCAAACCGUUCCAUCAUUGCAGGCUAUAAUGCCAUCCUCUGCUGCGCUGUCCGGGGCAGUCCUAAGCCCAAGAUUUCCUGGUUCAAGAAUGGCCUGGACCUGGGAGAAGAUGCCCGGUUCCGCAUGUUCAGCAAACAGGGAGUGUUGACCCUGGAGAUCAGAAAGCCCUGCCCCUACGAUGGAGGGGUCUAUGUCUGCAGAGCCACCAACCUGCAGGGCGAGGCACAGUGUGAGUGCCGCUUGGAGGUGCGAGUUCCUCAGUAACCAGGCUGGCUCCCCAGGGAUGGCUUAGGUGCAACUGGGUGCCAGCCUAUGUACCAGAGGGAGCUGGAGGAGUGCCCCUUUCCGCUACUGCAUGUGUGAAUGUGUGUGCAAGUGUGCAUCCUGGACUGGAAGGACUGACUUCUCAGCAGUUAUGCCAAGCAGCUCUGCUGGGCUCUGCGGAAAGUGACGUCAGAGCUCCUCAGGAGUGCUGUUGAUCUUGGGGGCAUAAAGUGUGUGGG